AUGCCUGGUCGGAAUCCAAUUCUAUAUGAAGAUGGUGAAGAUAUUGAUGAUAUUCUGUCAAAACCCGGGAUUGAUCAAUCAAUGUUUACUGCAUGGAUGGAGGCUAAUAACAAUUACUCGGAGGCUAAAGAGUUGACAUAUUCUGAGUUUCCAAGAUUCUUUGUUUAUAAUAAAAAAGAAAAAAUCUGCUUUAGAGAUGCUUGCUUUGCUUUGGGAUUACUUAAUGAUGAUAGAGAAUAUAUUGAAGCUAUCAAAGAAGCUUCAUGUUGGGGUUUAGGUGAUUAUCUAAGGAAGCUUUUCACUGUAAUGUUGAUGUCAAAUAGUGUGAGCAGACCAGAACAUGUUUGGAAAGAAACUUGGAGGCUUCUAUCUGAUGAUAUUUUGUAUAAUGAAAGAAAAUUGUCUAAAAAUUCAGAUUUAUCUUUGACUGAUGAAGAGCUGAAAACAAGAUGCUUAUAUGAAAUUGAGAUGAUAUUGCAAGAUAAUAGGAAGAGCUUAAAAGAAUAUCCUCAUAUGCCUUUUCUAGAAUAUUUUGUGAGGCUGAAAUUUCAAAAUGGUUUAAUUUAUAAGGAGCUAAACUAUGACAAGAACAAUUUGAAAAAUGAAUUUCAAACAUUAUUCUCAUCCUUAACACAAGAACAACAAGGUGUUUUUGAGAAAAUUGUGGAAGCAAUUUCUAAAGAAGAUGGUGGAGUAUUCUUUGUAUAUGGCCAUGGAGGAACAGGUAAGACUUAUCUCUGGACAGUUUUGACUUCUUUUUUAAGGUCACAAGGAAUGAUUGUUCUUACUGUUGCAUUGAGUGGAAUUGCUGCUUUGCUACUACCUGGAGGUAGAACAGCUCAUUCUAGGUUUGCUAUACCAUUAACGGUGCAUGAGGAUUCUGUAUGUAAUAUUAAACAAAAUAGUGAACUAGCUGAGUUGUUAAAGCAAACAAAGCUUAUCAUAUGGGAUGAAGCAUCUAUGGUUCACAGAUAUAGUGUUGAGGCAGUUGAUAAAAGUUUAAGAGACAUUAUGUCAUCUACAAAUAAUAAUAAUGCUAAUUUGCCUUUUGGUGGGAAGGUAGUGGUAUUUGGUGGAGAAUUUAGACAAAUUCUUUCUGUCAUUCCUGGAGGUGGCAGGACAGAAAUUGUUAAUGCAAGCAUAUGUUCCUCUUACAUAUGGGACUAUUGUAGUGUUUUGAGACUUACAAAAAAUAUGAGAUUAGAGGAAUCUUCACAUGCUGAUAAUGAUGAAUUGGCUUUGUUUUCACAAUGGAUCUUAAAUGUUGGAGAUGGCAAUAUAGGUGGGCCUAAUGAUGGCAUCUCUGAGAUUAUGAUUCCUACUGAGUUGCUCAUAUCAAAUUUUGAAGAUCCUCUUAGUUCUAUUGUGGAUUGUAUAUAUCCAAAUCUUCUUGAAAAUCACUUGGAUUCUAAUUGGUUGCAAUCACGAGCAAUUCUUUGUUCUACGCUUGAUGUCGUUGAGAAGGUAAAUCAAUAUAUUAUCAUGAAAAUUUCAGGAGAUGAAAAAAUUUACUUGAGUUCAGAUAGUGUUGACAAAUCUUAUGGAAGCGGACAGUAUGCUACUGAAACACUUACUCCAGAGUUUUUAAAUAGCCUCCAAUGUUCAGGAUUACCUCAUCAUGCUUUGAAGUUGAAGGUUGGAAUUCCUAUAAUGCUUUUAAGAAAUCUAGACCAAUGUGCAGGUUUAUGUAAUGGCACCAGGCUAAUUAUAACAAGGUUAUCUAAUCAUGUUAUAGAAGCAGAAGUAUUAGUUGGAAGCUAUCUUGGCAAAAAGGUCUUAAUCCCACGCAUGUGCAUGUCUCCUUCUCAAUCACCGUGGCCUUUCAAAUUGGAUAGGAGACAAUUUUCUAUUGUUGUCUCAUAUGCCAUGACCAUCAAUAAAAGUCAAGGACAAUCUCUUAGCAAUGUUGGAGUGUAUCUUUCUAAACCCGUGUUUAGUCAUGGACAACUUUAUGUUGCUAUAUCUCGUGUUCGAAGGGUAAAAAUACUAGUGUCCACUAUUAGUAACUACAUAAUGAGCCAGAAUAUAAUAAGCAGCCACAAGAGAUGGCUAAUAUUCUCAAUAACGCGGUUCCCUUUUGGCUAA